CAGUACAAACCUCCCCUAAAAAACUGAAAUUGAAACUCACAAGAUUCAGCCAUUACAGAAUUUGGAGUUGGAAGAAAUUGGCUGCAUAUUUUCAUAGCUUCUCUGCCACCAUGAAGGUCUUCUGGAACACCAUCCUUGUUCUGGUCUUUUCCGUGUGGGCUGUCUUUGCAGUUGACUUUCCUCUUCCUACAGGUCCAGGGGCUCGCCUACAAGAGACAAAGGUCAAGUGCAUGGAGAAUAUAAAUGAGUGCUGGUUUAUCUCUUACUUCAAGCCAAGUGAACCCAUAUGUGGCAGUGACCAGGUUACCUACAGUGGUGAAUGUCAUCUCUGCUACAAAAUCAUAUAUGAAGGGCUAAACAUAACUAAACUGUAUGAUGGACCUUGUGAAAACUCCUGAACUUUACCAUGCAGAAUUAUUGAACUUGCUGAAUCACCAGAUGAUCAGGGAAACAUAAUGGUUGCCACUUCAAAUACCACCCCCUGUAGAGGAAAACGCUGGCA